AUGGCUGAUACGUUAAUAUCCAAGAUAAAGAUAGUAACAACAACAAAAACAAUAGCUGCACCCGACAGCUCUGCAGCCCUCACCGUGCCACAAAAUGAAUAUAUUGAGUUACACUGGAAGCGCUAUGGCUAUCCUUUGGAUUACCAUGAGAAAAAGAGAAAGAAAGAAGGUCGAGAGGCUCAUGAACAUUCAAAGAAGGCAAAAAAGGUGAUUGGUCUGAAAGCUAAGCUCUACCAUAAACAGCACCAUGCUGAGAAAAUACAAAUGAAAAAGACUAUCAAGAUGCAUGAAAAGAGAAACACCAAACAAAACAAUGAUGAAAAGACCCCACAAGGAGCAGUACCUGUGUACCUACUGGACAGGAAGGGACAGUCCCGAGCUAAAGUACUUUCCAAUAUGAUUAAACAAAAAGGAAAAGAGAAAGUGGGAAAAUGGGAAGUUCCUUUAUCAAAAGUUCGCGCCCAGGGAGAAACAGAAGUAUUAAGAACAGGAACGAGAAAGAAGAAAGCAUGGAAGAGAAUGGUCGCUAAAGUCUGCUUUGUUGGAGAUGGCUUUACUCGAAAACCACCUAAAUAUGAAAGAUUCAUUAGGCCAAUGGAAAAUAUGCCCAGGUUACCAACAAUCCUGAAAAUGAUGGAUGCAUAAAUGCAGUCCUGCUGGUUUGACAGCAGUUUCAGACAAGUAAUUCCUUAUAAUGACU